ACAAAUAAAAUCCAUCCAAAUAUAAAUUAGCUCAAAAUAAUUAUAAAAAAAGUGACGAAUUCAAAGAUGUCAUCAACUUCACUCAUCGCCAACACUGCAAAAAAUCUCAUCAAUUCCACAUCUUUCAUCCUAUGGUGCAUUCCAUACAGCUUGUUACUAACAUUCCAAGACUUCUCCUCUUGCUCUCGACGCGUGUUUAAUCUCCUAUGGCAUCGUACACGCCUCGACUUCUCUCAUAAGUCGAGCCGUGUCUCCACCAAGUGCAACAUCUCAUUACCUCCUACUCCUCCCGUUGCCAAAAUCACUAGCGACGACGUUGAAGUCGUGAUGAGGCAUCUGCAGCUGCCUCAUCACAAGCCGUUUUCCCAAGACUCUAUUGAGAAUAUCGAAGACAUGUUUGAGAGGGCGGAGCCGUUGUUGGACGAAGUGAGGGAAGCGUUUAGGGUGUUCGAUGAAAACGAUGAUGGCUUCGUGGACACGGAGGAGUUGAAGAAGGUGAUGAGUUCAUUAGGUUUGGUGGAGUUGUCUCAACAAGAAUGUGAGAGGAUGAUAAUGGUGUUUGAUGAAGAUGGUGAUGGGAGGAUUAGUUUUGGGGAGUUUGUGAAACUCAUGGAGGAAAGUGUUUGUUGAAAGUUGAUGGUUAUGAGCCUUGACUUUUUUAUUUAAUAGUGAUUGGCUGAUUGUCAUUGUGUGCAUAUUGGAGACUAAUUGCGUACUACGAGAAAAAAAAUGUUAAACGGCAUUUUUUUA